CUUCCCGUCAAAAACCCAUCAAAAAAAACUUCCCAAUCGCAUUUCCAUUUCACUACAUCACUUGAUAGCGUUCAAGAACCCUUUAAGUCCAAGUAGGACAACCUCGCAUCCACACCUGUCCUACAUUGCUGUUGCUCUCACUUGAUCUCCAUAUUUCCCAUCACACUUGUGAAUGUCCCCUUCCACUUAACAUGGCAAUUAACCCUUUCCUCAAUGACGAUGAGAUGACUUCUCCUCGUUCUUCCCGCUUUCCUCCCUUGUCGUCCUCCGCCCCAGAGUUUACACGAAGCAGUGCCCUGCUAUCGUCCCAGAACCAGGUCACUGAAAAGAAACUCCAUUCAAAGAGGCGCAGGUGCCAAGACGAGCCCACUGCUGGUAGUGCCGCCUCCAGAUCUCGCCGCUUGGCUGAGAUCCCUCGCCGUGUUGAGCGGAUCAGAGAAGCGGAUGCUCGGCUGCGGAAUGAAGUACCCAGAACACCUGGCCCAUACCAGCUGCCAGACUUGGAUCAGUGCUCAAACAGAGCCCAGCUGUCCUCACCUGGCCUGGAGCCAGAAUAUGAACUCUAUCAGACGGCUCCGCGCAAGCCAUAUGGUGUCUCACUUGAGGCGGCCAUUGAUAACUGGCGAGGUAGCUGGCAACCAUCCCAUCUUGCUCCUGACGGAGGCUUUGCUUACGCGGGGUCCUGGUGCCACUCAGCACCCGUGGAACCUAGUCACCUAGAGCUGGAGUGGCACAUCUCUGAACGAGUUAUCCUCGCAGACGACUGGCGCCCCGAUACACCCAGGGAUACCCGACUCUCCACGCCAGACCUGCCUCCACUGUCGACAGACUUUGAGUUUUGUCCAUGCAAUCGCUCAGGCGAUCAUGAACAGGAUAGAAUAAAUCAAGAAUUCUACUUGGCGACAAGAUCCAAGAUGGACGUGCAGAGUAUGUUAAUACUUACAUGGCCAAGAGGCCUCCUUCUCUUGCUGAUGGAUGCAGUGAUAAAUGCGCUGGCGCACAUCGCCCAGGACCAAACAGCAUCCGGAAGUGAGCUCCGAUAA